CCGAAUUUUAUUUAUGAUUCCUGUUCUCACUAGAAACUAAGCUAAAUCAUCACGAGCAAACAUGGUUGAGUGGACAGAUGAAGAGCGCGCGGCUAUCUCCAACAUCUUCUCCAAACUAGACUAUGACGACAUUGGCCAAAAGUCCCUGUCAAGGUGUCUGAUCGUGUACCCCUGGACCCAGAGGUAUUUCGGGGGCUUCGGCAACCUGUACAACGCAGAGGCCAUCAUGAACAACCCUCUGAUUGCUAAGCACGGCACCACGGUGCUGCACGGUCUGGACAGAGCUCUGAAGAACAUGGACGACAUCAAGAACACAUACGCCGAGCUGAGCGUUCUGCACUCCGAGAAACUGCACGUGGAUCCCGACAACUUUAAGCUGUUGUCUGACUGUCUGACCAUCGUCAUCGCUGGGAAGAUGGGCAACGCAUUCACCCCCGAAUAUCAGGCAUCCUUCCAGAAGUUCUUGUCAGUGGUGGUGUCUGCUCUGGGCAGGCAGUACCACUAGAGUCAGUCUCCAUAUAGCUGACCGAGGAGACAGCCUGUGUGUUCAUGUGUUUCACUCCUCAAUUAAGAAAUAAAAUAAGCAUAUAAGCAUC